GACGGCAAUGUUAGGACAUAUCUGUAGCGACAACAUCGUUUGUACACCGGUCUAGCCGCUCUUCGACAACAUGUCGAGACAACCUCUCGACGUGGUCACCAUCGACGACAACUCCAAGCUGGUGUCGGAGUACAAGAAGCGCUACAAGAAACACCCUCUCCAGCCCCGCCAGAACUUCAAGCCGCCGCAGGAGUCGGUGCGCGCAGACGGCCCCAUCGACGACGUCACAACCAGCAAGAAAGACUUUGUGCAGCACAAGGUGGGCAGAACCGCGCCAAUCAAGCCGGUUGACUCCAGCCUGAAACCAGAAGGAGAACAUGACCUGACGAGCUCCUACUCCAAGGAGUAUCCAGGGAAGCGCGGAGAACGAGUGCGACCUAUAAAGAGACACAAUGAGCGAACAGAUCCUGGGAAAUUCGAGGGAGAACCGUCUUACAAAAGUGACUAUCCUCAUUGGAAGCUACCAGAACGUCAAGCUAGAGAAAAAGACACAUGGACAGCGCCAGAAGACGAAUUUGACGGACAGACAACCUCCCGGUCCGAUUAUCCCCAACACCAGAUACGACCUCGUGAAAGCUACAAACCGGAUAAUGCGUAUGUGAAGUCUGAGAACCCGUUUGACGAGCGUACUGGCUACAAGGAGACCUACGUGGCUCACAAGAUCCCCAAGAAGGAAAAGAAGCCACAAGAAUCAUACGCUCCACCUGCAGCAAAGUUUGAAGGCAGAACAACGGCGGGCGACAGCUUCCAAGCGAAAUACCAGCCGAAGAGAGAAAGCUACAGGCCAAAUCAACAGGCACUGCACACGGAGGAACCCUUUGACAGUUCCACGACUGCGUCUAGGGAUUUCCCUGCUCACAAAGUGGAGCCGAGGAAGCGUCCAGAGCAGGAGGAGUAUAAGACGCCAGAAGGCAAGAUGCACAUGGACACAACGAAUCAAAUGAACUUCACGAAACCGAAGCAUUCGAAACGAGAACCGCUGGCGAAGCCAUCCUCGUCCAAGAUAAUGAAAGGCGAGGGGAAAUUUGAAGGGUCUACAAAUUACCAGAAGGAUUUCCCAACGCACAAGAUAACCCCAAGAGAACCUGUUAAGAACCAAUCGAACUGGAUGCCUCCGGAGGACAAGUUUGAUGGUGACACAACAGCCCAUCUGGACUACCCACAGCACGCGCUGGCUGAACGGCAGACGUUCAAACCCGCCAAUAAUUACGUACAGUCAGAGGAUCCGUUUGAUGACCGCACUGGGUACAAAGAUACGUACCGGGCACACAAGAUACCGCGCCGGGAAGCCAAACCACAGCCAGAGUAUGUUCCUCCAGCGACAAAGUUUGAUGACAGAACCACAGUCCGGGAUAGUUUCCAGGGAGGCUAUGUCCCCAAGAGGGAGAGUUUCAAACCGCAGAAUGCGGCUCUGCAUUCAGACACACCGUUUGAUGACACAACCACGUCAAAGAAGGAUUUUCCGAAAUACAGAGUUGAACGAAGAGUGGGAAGGGAGCCACAGAAAUACGAACAGCCCGUUGGAAGUAUGGAUCUUCAAACCACGAACGAACUAAAUUUCCCUAAACACGGAAAAGUCCAGAGAGAACCAAUUAAGAAACCAUCCUCGUCUAACAUAAUGAGAGGCGACGGGCAGUUCGCUGCUUCAACUCACUACAGCGACGAUUUCACAGGUCGUAGAGGAGAAAAACGCGAAUCCAUGAAAGAGCGGGCAUCUUGGGCGCCACCAGAAGAGAAAUUUAUUGCAGAAACGACUGCUAGCAAGGAUUUCCAGAAACAUAAGAUAACACCUCGUGACAAUUACAGACCGCAAAAUGCUUACACAGUACCAGAUGAACCUUUCGAUGACAACACAGGCUACAAAGAGUCUUUUAAAGCUCACAAGAUAACCCCAAGAGAACAGCGACCUAAAGAACUAUAUGUACCACCAGCGACAAAGUUUGAUGAUAGAACGACAGUCAGGGAUAGUUUCCAGGGAAGUUACGCCCCGAAGAGAGAGAGUUUUAAACCAGAAAACGCGGCUCUGCAUACAGACACCCCAUUUGAUGGUACAACGACGUCAAAGAAGGAUUUUCAACAAUAUAAAGUUGAGCGAAGAGUGGCAAGGGAGCAGCAGAAAUACGAACAGCCCGUUGGAAGUAUGGAUCUACAGACAACUAACGAACUCAACUUCCCUAAGCAUCCAAGAGUCCAACGAGAGCCAAUAAAAAAACCAUCGUCAUCACAAGCACUGCGAGGAGACGGGCAGUUCGCUGCUUCAACUCAUUACAGCGACGAUUUCACAGGUCGUAGAGGAGAGAAACGGGAGUCCAUGAGAGAGAAGGCAUCUUGGGCGCCACCAGAAGAGAAAUUUGAUGGGGAGACAACUGCAAACAAAGAUUUCACCCAACACAAAAUAAGUCCCCGUGAAACGUUUAGACCACCAAAUUCGUUUGUCCCGUCAGAAGAACCUUUUGAUGGACGCACUGAAAACAGGGACACAUUCAAGGCUCACAAAAUCACUCCCCGAGAAGUGAAACCAAAAGAAGAAUAUUCCCCGCCGAAAACAAAACUAGACACAAGAACAACAUUUGCUGAUACGUUCUUGGGACAGCAAGCAGCGAAGAGAGAGAGCUUCAGACCAGACAACACGUACCAGCAGUCAGACGUGCCUUUCGAUGGCGCUACUACGUCGAGGAGUGACUACCUCUUGCACAAGACCGAGAGAAGGGUUGUACGCGAACAGGCGGCGUACCGACCGCCGUCCGGCGAUAUGGACAUGACGACCACCAACAAAGCCCUGUUCACAACUCCCGGGAGAGUAGAGAGAAACACUGCGAAGAGACCAAGAUCUUCAGACGUCAUGAAAGGACAUGGUGCGUUUGACGGGACGACGCACUACAACAAAGAUUUUCUAGGACAUAAAGUUGGUCCUCGGGAACGAGUAGGCAGGGAUCAGGCCUACGUUCCUCCAGUGGAGAAGAUGGAAGUGUCUACGACGAGUCGAGAAGAUUUUACGUCCAAGGAGAUAUCUCCAAGAGCGAACUACAAACCUGCCGGGUCUGUACUGAAGUCGGACGUACCUUUUGACGGCCGCACUGUGAACAAAGACUCUUUCGUACAACAUCGGCCUUCACCGAGAGCUGUGAAGGAAAAGGCCGAAUACGUCCCUUCGCUGGCUCCUUUCGAAAGUUCCACAACGAACAGGCAGGACUUCCAGGGAGCCGUGGCACCAAAGCAGAGAAGCUUCAAGCCUGACCAGACCCCGUUUCAAUCUGACGCACCGUUUGAAAGUCGCACCACCCAGAACUCUGCCUUCGUGAAACACGCGGUCGAAAGACGUCGCGGAAGAGAGCAGGCGGCGUAUGUCCCUCCUGAAGGGAAAAUGGAUCUGCGCACGGUGAACCAGGACAAUUUUGUGGAGCACAAGCAACAAGAGCGGAUGGCCGUGAAGAGACAGGAAUCCUCGCAUGCCCUGUCGAACGACGGCCAAUUUGACGGUAGAACCAACUACGGAAGCGACUUCAUUAAGCCGGCUAAAGUGGACCAGCCCCAGAGGCGUCCCAAAGAAGAGUACACCCCGAGGUUGGAGAAGUUCGAGGGCGAGUCCACCUCUAGAGCAGAAUUCCUUGGACUCAAGGCUCCCAAGGCCACCAGCUUCAAGCCUGCACCGACCGUGUCGGCCAGUUACGACCAGCUGGGGGGUCAAACAGCACAGUCAGUGGACCGAGCGCACUGGUCAGAGGCAAUCAACACCAAUUAUGCAAUAGAGGCCACAGCGUAAAGCUGGCACGAGGUCUUAUAACGACUGGGUAUUAUACGAGUGGCUAUGCUUUCGACGUGAGUGCACAAAUGUGGUAAUAGUUUCUUAGCAAUAGCCAAGAAAAUAUUACAGCUGAGCUCACAUUUUCGCGAAUCAGAUAUUUGUCAUAGACACAAAUGUAAUACUCUGUAACUUGUUGCCUUACAGUAUAUAUAUUUAUAGUGUCUGUACUUUGGACUCCAUUGUACAAACGUUGUGAUAGUUUCUUAACGCAGGUCAAGAAAAUAUUACAGUUUUAGACACAUUUUAAAAUAUAUCAUAUGUCAUAGGUGCAAAUACAAUAUGUAUAUUGCCUUAAAACAAACACACACAUAAACUCAAGUAGGAAGCGAGAGAGAGGGGGUGGGGGUGGGAGGGAGAGAGUGCAGAGGGAGAGAUACACACAUUAACAGACUCGAGUAUACACAUGCAUACCGACUAUGCGUAGAAAGAUAUACACGCACAUGCACACGCUUAUAAUAACUGUUAAAAACCGACAUUGAGGAUGGACUUGUUGGGUGAGGUUUUCGUGAUGUAGAUAUGGUUUGCUAAACACACAUUCAAUAAACAAUAUUUUUUAAUUUAUUAUAUUUCAAUAUAGUGCUAUGUAACACCGUUUGUUUUGUUUCAGUUUAACGUAUUUAGUAAUUGCAUACUGAUAUUUUACGGUCACUUAGCGAUUAGACAAAGUUAGGUCGUAAAGAACAAAAGCUACGAGACAAAACUUGCAAUAAUUAAGAUGCCUCGAUACAAGAAAGCGUCAAGGGGUGUAAAAACCUUGCGGACAAUACACAAUUAAAAUAGUUUUCUUACACACCCGUUGAUGAGAACACCAUGCGCUAUUUUUGAUAACACAGUUAAUUACACACGCACAUGUGUUAACAAGUUCAAGAAAUACGACUGGCUGUUCCUAGGUGAU